AUGGGUGCUUCGACAUACAAGGCAGUAACUGAGAAAGUAGUGGUAGACUUUGUUCGCAACAAUAUAGUUUGUAGGUAUGGGAUUCUAGAGUCAAUCGUAACAGAUAAUGCGGCCAAUCUCAACAGCGAUCUUAUGAAGGAAAUUUCUGAGCAGUUUAAGAUUGCUCAUCAAUAUUCAACAACUUAUUGGCCACAGAUGAAUGGAGCAGUUGAAGCUGCAAACAAGAAUAUCAAAAAGAUUUUAAGGAAGAUAGUGGAUAGUCACAAACAAUGGCAUGAGAAGUUACCAUAUGCUCUUCUCGGUUAUCGUACCUUAAUCAAAACUUCCACUAGGGAAGAUCUUUAUAUGUUGUUUUAUGGUUCAGAAGCAGUAAUACCUGCUGAAGUAGAAAUUCCAUGUUUAAGGAUUAUUCAAGAGGUCGGUCUAGAUGAUGCAGAAUGGAUUUGCAAAAGGAUUGAACAGUUGAUGCUCAUUGAUGAUAAAAGAAUGGACUCAUUUUGUCAUAGUCAACUCUAUCAGAAUAGAAUGGAAAAAUCAUUCAACAAGAAAGUCAAACCUCGAUAG